CUCAACUCUAUGUUGAUGACUUUUGAUGACAAGAUGGCUCUCGGUGCUAAUCUUAUUUUGCUACACGGAACGUGAAUGGAUUUAAGGUAUUUUAAAAACUAAGGAUCACAAAUCUGGAAAUGGAUUUUGAUAGAAAAGAUGGAUUUAGUUAUUUAGAUGGCAUACCUAUGAAAAUUUCUGCAAAGUUUAUACCUCCACGCCCAGUUGCUCUCCCUAUAGCUUUUGAUGCAGAGUUACCACCAGAUUUACUAGCUGAGCAGUAUGACUUUUCAUUGGAGAGAAGGGUUUUGGAAUCCGAGCAAAAACGCCAGUCAGAACUUGAAGCUGCCAAAUCAAAAUCAAUGCCUCAAGAUGCCUCAGCAAGAUUUGAAAGUAUGUCGAAUAGUUCUCACCUGGGUGGUAUAAAACAAGCAGCAAAGUCAGGAUAUGAUACUGUAUUAAAAACAAAUUCUAAUGCCCUCCCUUGGCACUCUAAUUCUAUUUUACAGCCUAAGCUACAGCAAGUGAAGGAUCAAGUUACCAUUCUAGAUGCUGAAGACAAAUCUAGAAAAAUUAAUUUGUCAGAUUUUGAAAAUGCUAGUUCAAGUCCUUUUGAUUACAUGGAACUGCAAACAAUAAAUGAUUUUGAAGAACUUAGUAGUGUUUUUCAAGACUUGACUAACAAAUCUUCAGAUAAAUUACCAGUGGAAAAUCUUGCCCAAGAAGAUGUUGUAGAAGAAAAAAGUGAACCUUUGAGCAGUGUUUCAAAAUCUAUCAGUUUUCCUCUUUCUCAAAACAUUAAUAACAAAGAUAAAAUUACAAGUAGCUGUAGUAAUAACUUUCUACUUGGAGCUGUGACAGGAUCUGAACCAAAACCUGCGUUUCAAAACGAUCAAUCACAACCAUAUCCUUUUGUCUCAGAUCAUGUUGGACACCUCAACUCAUUUGAUGAAAGACUGAACUUUCCCAGUAAUUCCUCAAGGUUUACUGCACUAUCUGAAGUGCCUUACAUUUCGUCGCAUGGUUUGAGACACAUGAGUGAAACUUCUGGUGAUGACACAUCAUCAGGGAGGACUGUGUUGCGUGGGUGUAAAAGUUAUUCAGACAUUCAUAAUUUGUCGGAUGUUGCUACGAAUAUCUGUUCUGAACCAGAACGCUCUCGAACGCCGCCUUCUAAUAUGUUUACAACUAAAGUAGUUGAGUCAUCAAUACCAUCAGUUAAGGAAAAUGGUGCUCAUCCACAGAAUUCCCAUUGUGAUCAAUCUGCUAUUCCUACUAAUGGUGAUUUAAAUUGUGAUAAAUCUUCAAAUUCUCUUGGUUUACCAGAUCCUUAUGAUGAAUUAGAAGAAUCUGCUCAAGUUGUUGUUGAUUCUAUUACAGACAUGGGCUUUUCAAGGGGUCAAGUUUCUCGAGCUGUUAAACAUUUGGGUAUUGAUGAGAAAAAGGUUGUUGAUCACCUUUGUCAAAUCCAAAGUUUUGUAGAAUCAGGUUAUGACAGUUUAGAAGCAGAAGCAGCUCUUCACCUAAAUGAUUACAAUAUCGAUGAUGCAAAAACAUUCAUGGAUCUUGUCAACAAAUUUCAAGACUUAGGAUUUGAAAAAGUUGCCAUACGAAAGGCCUUAGUUCAGAACAAGAAUGAUUGGAACAAAACAAUAGAUACUUUGUUGACAUGAUAAUUAUUAAUUUGCUUAAAUUUUCUACUCCUGUGAUUUAUACUAUACAAGAGGAAACCACUCCUAAAUGUAUGGCUUAUUAUUUGAGUUUGACAGCACGUGGAAUAUUGAUGAAUUUAUUGGUGAAUAUUUCAUCUGUGUCACAUCAUAUGGACUUAUUGUUAAAGUUUCUGUUAGCUUUAUUUAUACUUGAGUAGUGAUUGUAUAUAUAUUAAGAAGAAAUAAACUUUUUUAUUUUCA